AUGCGCCUCAUGUUCCUGCGCAUCGCGACACCGCCGGUGAAGGAUGGCCUGAACAAGCCCCCCGGCUUGCCCGCACUCUCGGAGAAGACGCGCCGUAAGAGGCGCUCUGACGACGACGUGACACCGCCCCUCAGCAAAGGGGCCGUGCCAAAAGCCAAGAGAGGACGCGGCCGCCCGCCAACGACUGGACAAUAUGUCGGUCUGGCGAAGGCGCAGGCCGACCUGAAUAGAGAGAAGGAGGAGGCCCUUCGACUCCAGGCGGAGGAAGAGGUUGCCGAGGCGGCCAGGGCGGCGCGAGAGACGCGCUCUUCGCUCCUCGCGAGCCCCGCCCCCAUGGAAGAAGACAGGCCAGAGCAGACCAUCCACGCUCUGGCCCAAUGUGUUGAGACUUCGCUGGGAACGAUCUCCAUGGUCGCAGCGAAGUCGAACAACCUGAAGGGGACAUUCCAACGUCUUCUGAAGGAGGCGGUCAGUGACAUACGCACUACCGUCGCCGCUAUGAAGAACCGCGGAGCGACGGAAGAGAUACGAGCCCUUGAAGCUCAGAAUGCGCGGCUCCAACAAGAAGUGGAGUCUAUGCGCAAGGAGUUAGAGGCGCUGCGUCAAAAAGUGUCGAAGCCGGCCGAGCAGGACAUGCGCCAGCUGUUGUCUGAGGUCUCUCGUUCUAACGUAGAGACCUUCAGCAAUAUGCUGAACGCUCGGCUGGCCGGACUGGAGAGUCGGCUCCUCCCAGAGCCUCGACUGCGACCUCCGCUUGCGGCGGACAGAGCCCGGAGUGUUACCCCGGCCACCGUCGAAAGUGUAGAGGCAAUACCGGAGCAGACGCCGGGGACCCCGAAGCCAAAAGCCAAGGGGAAACCGGCCCAAAAGAAGACGCGGCAGCCCGUCGCCACAGAGGCCCCACAAGAGGCCCCUGCCGCGCCCGAGGCGCCCAAGGCCAAAAAGGGCCGAAAGAAGAAGAAGCGGCCGUCAAUGGCUGCUCAGGAGGCGGCACAAGGGGGAGCGACCAUCAGCUCCCCUGGUACAGAGACCCCUUGGACCACGGUGGGUCCGAAGGGUGGGAAGAAGAAGGGGGCGGCUACACCAUCUACAGCCCCCCCGAAGAAGAAGAAGAAGCCGAGGCUCCGCGUCCCCGCCACUGCGGCCGCGCUUGAGACGGCCCGGCGGGCGGUGAACAUCGCGGAGUUCGAUAUUCCGCAAGUCCGCUUCCGCCGGGCCCGAACUGGAGGGCGCCUCCUCACUAUCGCCGGCGAGGGUGCAGAGAAGAAGGCGGACGCCUUUGCCGCGAGGCUGAGGACCGUCCUGCCUCAGGAAGUGAAAGUCGGGCGGCCAGCUGCUUGCGCGGAGAUGCGCAUCGCCGGCCUUGACGACUCUGUGACGGCCGCCGAAAUCAUGGAAGCGGUCGCACUUGAAGGGGAGUGCCUGGCCGGCGAUGUCCGGCCGGGGCACAAGGCGGCGGAGUGCGGGGCAGCGGAGCCGAACUGCUCCCUGUGCGAGGCCGCUGGCAGAGUUGAAAGGGGGCACGAGCUGGGCAGAUGUCCAUCUGCCAAAAAGCCGGCCCCCGGAGAAGACAAGGCGCCGACCAAAAAAGCCCGACAGAAGUCGAGGCCAAGGGGCGCGCGGGCCCCGCUCGCUCCCGCCCGAAUGGAGACGGACGCCUAG